AUGGCCUCAAACGCAUCGAAAAUUGAGUUCGCUAACUGGAAACCCCCUCCUAUCGAAUCACUUGAUUUUUCUUCAAACUGCACUGUUACCAAAGCCUUCCUCGAGUCCUGGUUCGACCUCAGUUUAUACGAGGACGUUGGUGAGUUGGCCGGGCAUUCUCAGAAUGUAACAUUCUGGGUUCCAGAGUCUCUUCACUCGCAGGCAACCGAAAACCACUUUCGCUUGGCUUUGCCGUUAGAUAUUCGGCAAAUUCCCUCGUAUGGAGAAAUACUUCUUUGGGAGUACUCGCUUCGCACCUCCUACGCUGAGUCUGUUCACGAAUGGGUCGCCUCUGCGACCAAGAUUGAGGAAACCACGGAUAAUCGUACUGAAAUCGAUCAAAAGACUGACAGGCUUCCCCUGGAUACUCGAUAUUUUAACUCGGUUAUCCAAGCACCAAGCCUCGCUUGUAAGAAGGAGAUCUGUGAUCUCGGCUUCGAAUGGGGACAUUUGGGUGACGUUAAUGGUCCGGGGAUAUUCAUCUACUAUAUUCUCCUCCUGUGCGUAUCGGUUGUAUACUCCCUCAUCGCUCUUGUGGAAGCUUCACGACAGCUUGGGCGAAGUCAGCAUCAACAUCAGCAGAUUGGUCGGCCGAAGAAGAAAAAAUCUACAAGACCAAUCAACAAGCUUUAUCAGGCUGCCAAGGAAUCUUUCAGUGGGUUUUCUGAUGCCGCAGCAGUAUUCUCAUUCGCAUUGCCUUUUGCUAUUAUUGCACACUAUUUUACCGCCGGGAGUCCCAUCGUCACAUCCAAAGACAUAGCUCUCGUGCUUUGGAUUCUGGCGUACUCCAGCUAUGUAUCUGUUUGGCUCUAUCGCAUCGGCGCAUGCAUUCGCAGAGUCGAAAGAGCCAAGGCAGAAGCGGAAGCGGCCUUGUCUGGUCAAAAGCCACAGAGCAAUAAAAAGUACACGUUAGCAACUGCCGUCAUCAUAGGGUUUGCGACUCCAGGGUUAGUCGUGCUCCUCGUUGCUGCAAUUUUCGCCGAGGUUGGAGACUACUUCAAGCCAUUCAAAUUUGAAGAAUUUUGGGACGGAAUUUGCAGCUCGGGUCACACAUUUCCUCAGAAAGAUGCCUACAUCUGUAUAGGCUGUCUUGUGGCGUACUGUUUAUUGAGGACUAUAGUUGUGGACUUUGUUUUAAGCUGCCUCUCAAGACGGGAAAGAAAAAGAGUGCCUCAAUUUGACAAAUCUCUCAGCCGUGAGCAAAGAAAACAGCGAUUGAAGCUACUACGCAACAUUUACAGCUUCUUCCGUCGGAAAGAUCCGCGAUAUCGAAAGGCAACGGAUGUCCUCGGCAUGCUCGACAUUGUCAUUCUUGGGGUUGGGUCGGGUGUGAUCCUCCGACUUUAUUGGAGCUAUCGAAUGGAGCUCUCAGAAACCACAGGUGUUCAUCCUUUCAAAGAUAACUGGGGUCUUGGUCAAGUUCUUGCACUUUCCACCCUAAUCCCUGUCAUGAUAGGGUUCUGUCACAUCUUCUCAUCUUAA